AUGGCAUCACAAGAGAACGUACCAGGAUCACCUAAGUCGCCUCGAUCUAGGCAUCCUCGACCAUCGUUGACUGGCCUUUUCGAAGGUCUCAACAUCGAACCUAGUAGCACCUCUCCGACUGUUGGCAGAAAUAGGGAUAGGCCACAGACGCAAGGUUCCGAGGCGUCCGGUCACUCUUCUCUUCGAGGUUCUCUGUCGCAACGUUGGCCGCCCUCCUUCUCGGGGUCCGAUGUUAGCAUCGAUGCUCCUGGCGAUCAAGAACAUCGCAAUUUAUCUCCUAGCGUUACUCUUCGGAUGAGCGACCUGUAUCGUCAGCACGGUGACAAUUGGGCACGCGAUAGUAGCGUUGAGAAUUUGCCAGUGGACAAGACCGAUGACUUCCAGCUGGUUUCGAACAUGAUGGAUGAAAUCCACCAUUAUGUUGUCACGCUAGAAGAGAACAAAGACAAACUCGCGAGCAUCAUGAUGGAAGAGAUGGCGAAAGUCGUUCAUGGCUCGAACGAGAAAUCCCGGAAGGGUCUUGGUCUCGACGAGACUAUGGAGUAUUGCCGCAUGGUCUUUGAGGGAGUGACUGGGCUGGAGUACAGUGAGAGGACUCCGGAGUAUCAAGCCAAGUUGGAAAAACUAGUUUUGAAAGACAUGGAGUUUGCUCCAAACCAUAUUGUCAGGAGCAGGCGCGAAGUUGUCCAACAUGCAGCAGCUUUCUACCACAUCGUAACCUCCUUCGUCACCAACGACAUGAUGAUAAGUGAGGAACUCAUCAAAGAAACCCAUCAAAUCCUCGUCAACGGCAUCGGGUCUGGAAGCGCGGGGUUUCUCAGCAACAAAGAGCAUGGCGGAUCUUACCGCACCGAAGAUGUCUUCGUGGGUGCUAUGGCACUACCAAAGGCCAAUACCAUACCUGCUGCUAUGCGGUCAAUGGUUCGGAAGCUGGAGAAAGAUCUUGAUGCAGCAGUCAAGCUCGGGCGAUUUGACCCUUUUGCUCUCGCCGCCGAGUACUGCGACCGCUUCGUCAACAUCCACCCCUUUCGAGACGGAAACGGACGCAUGUGUCGCUUGGUGCUCAAUGCCAUACUCAUUAAGUAUGCCGGCAUCGUGGCCAACGUUGGCGAGCAUGAUCAGAGUCGCGAUGAAUAUCUCGACAUUGCUCGGGAAUCUACAGAAGUCGGAGGUCAUGCAGGAGCUCUUGGAAGCUUGGUUCUGACAGAAGCGAAGAAUACGUUGCGACGGAUGAAGGCCAAACUUAUGCCAAAGAAAAGUUGA